AGAAGGACGAGCGAAGGAGGAGGGCGCGCGGAGGCACGCACCGUACCCAGGCGCGCCGGCGGGAGAGCGGCACCGUGGCUGGGGCAGUGCGCAGAGGCUGCCGAGGGGCUUACGGCUCCCGGCCCGCGGGUCUCAGACCCAGGGGCUGGGCCCCGAGCCCCCCGCCCCGGUCCCGGCUGGGUCGCGCCAUGCUGCGCUACCUGCUCAAAACACUGCUGCAGAUGAACUUGUUCGCGGACUCCCUGGCGGGGGACAUUUCCAACUCCAGUGACCUGCUCUUCGGUUUCAACUCCACGGUAGCGGCGCUCAACCACAGCCUGCUGCCCCCCGGCGAUCCCUCUUUCAACGUGUCAAGGGUGGAGCCGGAGGAUGCGAUGCCGCGCAUCGUGGAGCAGCCGCCGGAUCUGUUGGUCUCCAGAGGCGAGCCCGCUACGCUGCCCUGCCGCGCGGAAGGCCGGCCGCGGCCCAACAUCGAGUGGUACAAGAAUGGGGCGCGAGUGGCCACCGCGCGAGAGGACCCGCGCGCGCACCGCCUGCUGCUGCCCAGCGGCGCCCUCUUCUUCCCGCGCAUCGUUCACGGGCGCCGCGCGCGGCCCGACGAGGGUGUCUACACCUGCGUGGCGCGCAACUACCUGGGGGCAGCGGCUAGUAGAAAUGCCUCGCUAGAAGUGGCGGUCCUCCGUGAUGAUUUCCGGCAGCCUCCUGGAAACGUGGUGGUGGCAGUGGGGGAGCCAGCGGUAAUGGAAUGCGUGCCCCCCCGUGGCCACCCGGAGCCUUCUGUGUCUUGGAAGAAGGACAGUGCAAUAAUCAAGGAGGAGGAGGGAAGGAUCACGAUUCGUGGAGGGAAGCUGAUGAUGUCACAUACACUCAAGAGUGAUGCAGGGAUGUACGUGUGUGUGGCCUCCAACAUGGCAGGAGAACGAGAGAGUGGGGCAGCCGAACUCGUGGUACUGGAGCGACCCUCAUUCCUGCGUAGACCGGUGAAUCAGGUGGUCCUGGCAGAUGCCCCCGUGGAUUUCCCAUGUGAGGUGCAGGGAGAUCCCCCACCUCGUCUACGCUGGCGCAAGGAAGAUGGGGAACUGCCCACAGGCAGGUAUGAGAUCCGGAGUGACCACAGCCUUUGGAUCGGGCGUGUGAGUGCCGACGAUGAGGGGACGUACACCUGUGUGGCUGAGAACAGCGUGGGCCGCGCUGAAGCAUCGGGCUCCCUCAGUGUUCAUGUCCCUCCCCAGCUGGUGACCCAGCCCCGGGACCAGAUGGCAGCUCCUGGAGAGAGCGUGGCUUUCCAAUGCGAGACCAAAGGGAACCCCCCACCUGCCAUCUUCUGGCAGAAGGAGGGAAGUCAAGUCCUGCUCUUCCCCAAUCAACCACUUCAGCCCAAGGGGCGCUUCUCAGUCUCUCCCAGAGGCCAUCUCAACAUCACUGAUGUGCAGAGUGGGGACGCCGGCUACUACGUGUGUCAGGCUGUUAGUGUGGCUGGCAGCGUCCUGGCCAAGGCCCAGCUGGAGGUGAAAGGAGCCUCCUUCUUGGACGGGCUGCCUCCCAUCAUCCUCCAGGGACCAGCCAAUCAGACGCUGGCACUUGGCUCCUCUGUGUGGCUGCCAUGCAGAGUGACUGGGAACCCUCAACCUAGCAUCCAGUGGAAGAAGGAUGGGCAGUGGCUGCAGGGGGGUGACCUCCAGCUCAACCUAAUGGCCAAUGGUACCCUGUACAUCGCCAGGGUGCAGGAGAUGGACAUGGGUUUCUACAGCUGUGUGGCCAAGAGCUCUGCAGGGGAGGCCACAUGGAGUAGCUGGCUUAGGAGGCGGGAAGACUGGGGAGUCUCAUCAGAGCCCCCUACAGAGCCCAGUACCCCCCCAGGGCCUCCCUCUCGGCCACUGGUCACUGAGAUCACCAAGAACAGCAUUACCCUGACCUGGAAGCCCAACCUGCAGGCGGGGGCCACGGUCACCUCUUAUGUGAUAGAAGCCUUCAGCCAAGCAGCUGGCAAUACGUGGCGGACAGUGGCAGAUGGUGUGCAGCUGGAGACGCACACUGUCAGCGGUCUGCAGCCCAACACCAUCUAUCUGUUCCUGGUACGAGCUGUGGGAGCCUGGGGCCUCAGUGAGCCCAGCCCCGUUUCUGAGCCUGUCCGCACCCGGGACAGCAACCCAUCCAGGCCAGUGGAGGACCCAUGGAGAGGCCAGCGGGGACUGGCUGAAGUGGCCGUGCGUAUGCAGGAGCCCACAGUCCUUGGGCCCCGGACCUUGCAGGUGUCCUGGACUGUAGAUGGCCCAGUCCAGCUGGUGCAAGGUUUCCGAGUGUCUUGGAGGGUAGCAGGCCCUGAUGGGGGACUCUGGACAGUACUGGACCUACAGUCCCCAAGCCAGCAAAGUACUGUGCUAAGAGGACUCCCCCCAGGGACCCAAAUUCAGAUCAAGGUGCAAGCACAAGGCCAGGAGGGGCUGGGGCCCGAAAGUCCCUUUGUGACCAGAAGCAUUCCUGAGGAGGCCCCCAGUGGUCCCCCCCAGGGAGUGACAGUCACCCUGGGGGGUGAAGGCAACAGCAGUGUCACAGUGUCCUGGGAACCUCCACUCCCUUCCCAGCAAAAUGGGGUCAUCAAGGAAUACCAGAUCUGGUGCCUGGGCAAUGACAGCCGCUUCCACCUCAACCGGUCUGCGGCAGGCUGGGCACGCUCCGCGGUGCUGCGGGGACUGCUGCCCGGUGUUCUCUACCGGACCCAGGUCGCGGCGGCCACCAGCGUGGGCGUGGGCGUGGCCAGUGCCCCGGUGUCGGUGCAACUGCCUUCCCCGCCGGGACUGGAGCCCGGGCUCGAGGUGGGCCCGGGGCUGGCGGAGCGGCUGGCGAGGGUGCUGCGGGAGCCUGCCUUCCUCUCGGGCAGCGGGGCCGCGUGCGGGGCGCUGCUGCUCGGGCUCUGCGGCGUCCUCUACCGGCGCCGGAGGCAGCGCAAGGAGCUCAGUCACUACACUGCUUCCUUUGCCUACACACCUGCAGUGUCCUUCCCACACUCAGAGGGCCUUUCUGGAGCCAGUUCCAGGCCACCCAUGGGCCUUGGCCCCGCCCCCUACCCAUGGCUCGCAGACUCGUGGCCCCACCCAUCUCGAAGCCCCUCAGCCCAGGAGCCCAGGGGAAGCUGCUGCCCCAGCAAUCCUGACCCAGACGACAGAUACUACAAUGAAGCGGGAAUCUCCCUGUACCUGGCUCAGACGGCCCGGGGCACCGCCGCCCCUACUGAGGGUCCUGUCUACAGCACCAUCGACCCAGCUGGGGAGGAGCUGCAGACCUUCCACGGGGGGUUCCCCCCAAAUCCCUCAGGGGAUCCAGGCACCUGGAGCCAGUAUGCUCCUCCAGAAUGGAGCCAGGGGGACAGCGGAGCCAGGGGAGGCAAAGUAAAGCUUCUGGGAAAGCCUGUGCAGAUGCCCUCUCUCAACUGGCCAGAAGCCCUGCCUCCACCUCCCCCUUCCUGUGAACUGAGCUGCCUCGAGGGGCCUGAGGAGGAGCUGGAGGGCGGCUCAGAGCCAGAAGAGUGGUGUCCACCAAUGCCUGAGAGAAGCCACCUGGCAGAGCCCAGCUCCAGUGGAGGGUGCUUGGUCCCUCCAUCCCAAGGGGAAGCCCCGUCUCCCACAUCUUCCUAUGGACAGCAGUCCACGGCCACUCUUACCCCCUCACCUCCUGACCCUCCCCAGCCCCCCACUGACAUCCCCCAUCUCCACCAGAUGCCCAGGAGGGUGCCCCUUGGGCCAAGUUCCCCUCUCAGUGUAUCCCAGCCCACUCUGAGUAGCCAUGAAGGGAGGCCUGCUGGCCUGGGUGCUGGAGCCACAGCCUCCCAUCACCUCAGCCCCAGCCCUGUCCCUAGCACAGCCAGCAGUGCCCCAGGGAGAACCCGGCAGGUGCCUGGGGAGAUGACUCCUCCACUUCAAGCGCCCCGUGCCCGAACCCGGAAACCCAAGGCUGUUCCCUACCGACGGGAGCACAGUCCUGGGGGUGAGGGUGCCGUGGGCCUGAGAGAUGGUGAAAGUAGGGGGAACAGGCAGGAAACCAAGGACUUGCCCCCGCCACCCUUGCCGCCACCAGAGGAAGAGGCAAGCUGGGCCUUAGGGCUGAGGGGAGCAGGCAGCACAUCCUCCUUGGAAAGGGAACGGGAGCGCAGCAGGGAGAGGAGGAUGGUGCAGGUCGGGCCCCUGGGGCCCCAGCGGGGUCCUCACCUGGAUGAAGAAGCCUGGCUCCCUUACAGCCGACCCAGCUUCCUGUCCCGGGGCCAGGGCACCAGUACCUGUUCCACAGCUGGCAGCAACUCCUCCAGAGGCUCCGGCAGCUCUCGAGGCUCCCGGGGCCCUGGCCGGAGCCGGAGCCGGAGCCAAAGGCCAGGACAGAAACGUGGACAGGAGCCAAGAUGACCCUGGAUGAGGAAGGAUAUCAGGAGUUCCAUGGGGAAGGGCUUGUCCCUGGGCUGGGAGCCUUGGAUGGGAGCCUCUCCCCCUGGUAAAUGGGGGUGAGCAGAGAGGAGCAGGGGUGCCCUCUUUCCUCCUGGCAAUGAUGCUUAAAAGCCAGAGAGCCAGCUCUUCCCUUCCCGCCUCUUUCUACCUGAAACUCAUCUGUAAAAGGGACAAAUAAAGAGUCUGAUCAGAGCCCUG